AUGAAUGCCAUUUUACCAAGAUAUAUAUUCAUUCUUAGUAUUCUUCUAAUUUUUUUAAAAAAUACAAUGGCUUUAAAAAAAAAAUUAAUGUUUAAUUAUUUUAAUAGAAAAAGGAUAGUUAAUGUAAAAAAUAUAGUUUACUUAAACAAAAAUUACAUAAAUAACCUAAUAUAUACAAAAGAAGAUGAUAUAUAUAAGAUUACUGAAUUAACAAAUUACAAUUUAAUUAAUAAUAAAAAGAAUCUAAUAUUUGAUGAUAAAAAUAAUAUUAUAUCUAAUAGUAAUUUUGAAAAUAUUUCUAAUGAUAAUGAAAAAACAUCAAAUAAAUUUUUUUAUUCAUAUAAUAAAAAUGAAGAUACUCUAAAAAAUUUUUCUAAUAUAAAUGAAAAAUUUUUGCCUUCUGAUAAUGAACUGAAGUUAUAUAAAAAUAAAUGGAAAAUUCCACUCUAUUGGAUUAAAAAAUUAGAAAACUUGAAAAACAUUAAUGCAAUUAAUUGUAUAGAAUAUUUAAAAGACGACAAUUUGUUAUAUUUUGACAAUUAUAAAAAUAAAGGGUUACUAAAAUUUUUAAAUGAUGAAAAAAAAAAAUUUAGUAAUUGUAUAAUUUUAUCAAGGGUUGGUGAUUUUUAUGAAACAUACGGAUUAGAUUCCAUUUUCUUGAUAGAAUUUUUGAAUAUAAAAAAAAUGAAUAAUAAAUUAUCGUGUGGUUUUAUAAAAAGUAGUAUAAAUAAAGCUCUAAAUAUUUUAACAAAUAAUAAUUUAAAUAUAUGCAUAUAUGAAGAAAUAAAUGAAAAAUCAUUAAAAAUGAAAAAAAGAUAUCUAUCUCAAAUAGUAACACCUGAAUUUCCUUUAUAUCUCAAUAAUAUACAGUAUUGUAAUUCUAUUGAAGAAGCAAAUAAUGAUGACUCAGAAAAUAAAUCUAAUAAUUACUUUUUUAAUUCGUAUGAUUUAGAAGAUUAUUUCAUAAUAAAAGAGAUUGUUUGCAUAUAUAUUGAAAGUAAGAAUAUUUUUUCAUUAAGUAAAAUAAAUUUAAGUUUAAAAACUAUAUCUAUUUAUGAUAAUAUAACUUUCGAUGUCUUAAAUAUUUAUUUAAAAAAUACUCAUUUUUUAAAAGUAUAUAUACAUCAGCAUAAUAAUAAUUCUUUUACAAAAAAAAUAACGCAACUAUUUAAAAUAGAAAAUUAUUAUUUAUUUAAUAAUUUUAAUAAUAGCUUUCAUUUCCAUAUGUUCAUUUUAGAUAAAUUAAAAAAACAAAUUAAUAUAAAAGGAUUAUUUAGAUUAAUAAAGAAUAAAAAUGUUUUUAAAAUAAAAUCAUUGUCUAAUAUAAAAAAUGAAAAUGAUAAUAUAUGUAAUAUUAAUGAUAAUAAUUAUGUAAACAAUGAAAAUGUAGGUAUCAAUGAUAUAAAUUGUAAUAAUAACAAUGAAAGGAUUCUUUCUCAAGAAAAAAAUGAUCAUGAGAACGGUAAUAAGAGGAAAGUAAAUUCUGAAAACAUAUCAACUAAUGAUUUGCAAAAAAACAAUUAUACAUUAGAAAAUAAUCUUGAUUAUUCUUAUUAUUCUUAUUGUACUCCUUUAAAUAUUUUUACAAGCUAUAAUAUGGGUAUUUAUAAACAGAAUAAUUGUUAUGAAAAUAGAAACAGUUAUUUAUUUUUUAAUAUAAUAGAUGUAAAUAAUAAUGAUUCUAAAAGUAUUAAUAUAACUGAAUCAUUAGAAUUUUUCAAAAAUCUAUUUUUGUUUUAUCCACCGUUUGAGGUAACCAAACAUAUACGUUUUAUAAAUGAUUAUAUCCAAAAAAAUUUAAAAAAUUUAAUUAUUCCUAAUGUAAAACCAUUCAGAAAUAAUAUAGUUAUAACUCUUUUGUCUAAUUUGAAAGCUGAUUAUAACAUUUUAAAAAAAAUAUAUAUUAAUAUUCAAAGCGUAAUUAAAUGUAUGCAUAAUUUUGAUUUUUCACUUUUAAUAUCUAUUUUCCAUGUUCUUAAUCAUCAAAAUUCUUUUAAAUUAAACAUAAUAAAAUUUUAUGAGCUAUUAAUAAAUAUUGAAAAAAUUUUAAAAACUAAUUUGGAUUUUUCUAGUAUAAAAUUUUCUAUUGAAUCUGAUAUCACUUCAUUUAAUGAGUUUGUUUAUUAUCAUGAGAAUAACGUACAUAAUAUAAUUAACGAACAAUUAUUAAUAGAAGAAAAUAAGGAAAUUGAUGAAAACAGAAAAGAACUAUUAGAAACUAUUAUAUCCAAUUAUGCGGAAUAUGAUGAAAUAGAAAAAAAGUAUGAUAUAAAUUUAUUAAAUAAAUUAAUAAAAAUUGAUAAUGUGAAUGAUGUAAUUGGUGUAAAAAAAAAAAAAAGAAAUGAAAAAACUUUGAAUUUUUUUCAUCCUUUAAACAAAAAAUCAGAUUUAAUGAAAAAUAUUUUUGUUACAGAAAAUGUUCAAAAAAAAAUUAAAAGUUAUCUUUGUGCUAUUGAUAAAAAAAAACAAAAAAUUAAUGAAACAAUUAAAAAAAUUAAUAUUCAGUUGUCUUCAUCUGUUCAUAUUCUUUCGUUUGUGUCUAAUUUUUUACAAAUUAUUCAGGCCUUAUAUAAUCACACAAUUAAUAGUUUAAAAAGAGAUUGGAAUUUGCCUAUAUGCAAACAUUUAUUUUUAACCUACGAACAUAAAGACUUUAAUAAUAUUAAUGAUAAAUUAUUUUAUAUACAAGAAGUAUUAUACAAUAAAGCAAAUAAUGUUUCUUGUAAUAAAAACUACUAUAGCAACUAUGAAUCUUUGUCCGAAAAAAAAAAUGAAAAUAAAAGCGAUCACAAUUAUAUUUAUGAUGAAAAUUUUUUAAUAUUAUCAAAAGAAGAUGAAAAAAAAAUUAAAGAAAAUGUAGAUAAAGAUUCAGUAGAAGAAAUAAAAAAAGUUUAUGAAAAAAAAAAUUAUGUAAACGAUUCUCUUACUUAUAUUUUAGGUGCAAAACCAUACAACAUAAAUAAAGAAAAUUUAAUUAAAUAUGACAUUUUUUUUAAAAAAAGAAAUUUUAUUUUAUUAACUGGAAAGAAUAUGAGUGGAAAGACAACUUUAUCUUUUACUAUUUUAUGUAUUCUUUUUUUGGCAAAUCUAGGUAUGUAUGCACCAUGUGAUAAAAAAAGUAUUAUAUCUAAAUUUCGAGAAUUUUACAGUUUGAAAAAUGUAAAUUAUCAUGAACAAAUCGAAAAUAUGUCUUUAUUUAGAGAACAGGCAUUCUACAUAAAUUGUAUAAUUGAAGAAAUAAAAGAAAAUUGCUCUUUGGAUAAAGAGGAAUCUAGAGAAAAUGAAAUUUUUAUUCUCCUUGAUGAACCAUGCAUAGCUACUACUCCUGUUGAUAAUGCCAUUAUUAUUAGUGCGGUUUCUGAUUAUUUAAAAAAUUAUUGUGGAAUAAUAAUUACUCACAAUUAUGACUUACUAAAAAAAAUUUGUCAAAGCAAAAAUAUUAUUUUCAAAAGAAUAAAUGAAAAUAUAAAUUAUCUGAAAAGACAAAAUGAAAAAGUUGCAAAAUUAGAAAAUGGAAUAUGCAAAAAUAGUGAAGCAUUAGAAACAUGCAGAUAUACAAACACUGACUCUAAAGUUUUACAUUUGUUAAAUAUUUAUGAAAAAAAGUAUAAAUUGAUUCAUAAUUUAAAUAAUACUUUGUAUUAUAAAUUUUUAGAUUACCUUAAAAACAAAGAGGAAAAAAAGAAUUUAAAUGCUUUUUUUGAUAGUUUUUUUAACGAUAUUAAUGAAAAUAAUUUGAAACAACAUAAAUUUGAUGAUAUUAAAAAUGAUUUAGAUUUAAUGCAAGAUAAAGAAAUGCAAAAUUUAAUGAACAAUGAUAUUGUAAAAAAAGACUUAUUUAUGAACAAUAAUGAAGAAAAUAUAAACAGUAGUCAAAUAAAUAAAAACGUUAAUGGGAAUAAUAAAAGUAAUAAUAACAAUAGUUUUAAAGAAAUAUUUGACGAUGUGCUAUGUGAAAAAAAUAAUUAUGAAUCUUAUGAGGAAGAGUUAAAUAUAGCUAUUAAAAAAAUUGAGAAAGCUUCAAGUAAGAAAAUUCUUAAAAUAGGAAUGAAUGAAGAAAUACCAAUUUAUUUUAAAAACAAAAGUAUUGUAUAUAUUUUGUGCAUUUUUGCAAAAAAUGAAAAAAAACCAUAUUUUUAUAUAGGAAUAAGUGAUAACAUUUCUGAAAGAAUAAAGUGCCAUUCUAGAAAUUUAUUAAAUAAUAAGAAUCUUUUAAAAAAUGAAAAGAAGAAUAGUAUUUUAAAUUAUAAAUUUCAUUUAAAUACAUUUUAUACUUUGCUAUUUCAUGUAGAGAGUAAAAAGAUUGCUUCUAAAUAUGAAAAAGAGUUAUCACUUUUUUUGAAGAAAUAUUAUAAUGUAAUUUCUAAUUAA